UUUUUAUUUUAGGGGUGAGAUUUCCCAAAUGAUCUUUCCCCUGAUUUCUUUAUCAACAUUUGAGUGGGGGCCAGCAACUACAGGAGGUGCCUGUCAGCUUGGGUUGGCUGGGGAGAGUGCUGCGGGCCCAGAUUUAGCUCUGGGGGCAGCUGAAGCCCGGAAGGGAAGGGGGAGGUCUCUGAUCUUCUCCCAGAGGAGUCUGUGUGUUUUCCUAAAGGGGGGGUUGUGUGAAGACCUGCCUGUUCAGGGGAUUGAGGGAUCACAGGAGGAGUUGAUGGUGGCUCAGCAGGGUGAGGCUUCUGUUGGGCCAGGGGAAGAUGAGCUUUCGCUUGCAGAAAGUCAUAAGGAAGAGGAUCCUUAUGGUGAGGUUGGCCAGCAGGUUGCUGUGCCUGAAGGGGGUAAAAGUGACUUGGGGAUAGAAGGAUCCUGUGAGGAGCAAAGGAAUUCAAUAGCUAUUGUGAGCAGGGGAGCAACAUCCAGGCAGGCCUAUGUCUGUGUGGGAGGGAGUUCACAACCUAAACCCACAGGGCAUGGGGGAGGGGCAAGACUUGUGGUUGCCCAGGAAGGUUGCAACUUUUUAAAUCUAAGAAGCCAGAACUGUCAAUGUACACUUGGGGUGGAUUUGUUCCUACUGCUUAUGUUAACUUGCAUAACCACUGAACUGCUGUUACUAAGACUGGUAACAAUGUCCAUUGUGCAUGAUUUUGUACCAUAACCCUGGAAACUGUUAAGAGAUGUACCCAAUGACACACUGUAUGUUCAAAAGCUUUGUGACACUGGUAUUUCACUGUUAAUACUUGUAAUUAGUAUUGGAGCUUCUCACCUGAGAAGGGGAAUCCCAAAAUUGGUGUGCUAUGUAAAAAGGGAAACUGAGGCACGACUACAUUUUCUUUUCAUAGCUAAGUGCCAAGAGGCCUACGUUAUGGGGAACAAGGAGACCUACAUUGUACUGGUGUUAAUUGGAUUUCAGACCAUUGCCAAAGUGGGCAUGGGUAAAUUUAAUAUUUUCACUAAUGGGUGUUGGGUCCAAAUGCUGAGCAAAGGGGCCCAUGUAAGGUGUCGAAUGAAAGCUUCUCCUCUGCUGAUGCUAUAUAUGAUACUUGUGUACAUGUAUGGUGUUGUAUAUGAAGUUAUGGAAUGGACUCUGUUCUUGGAUGUUAAAAAUUUUUCCGUCUGGAAGGAAGCAAUGGAAAUGGACUGCUUGCCUGUGACCAGCUCCAGUUGGAAGAUGCAAGAAACAGCAAAGGGCCCUUUGGGGCUGACACUAAAGACUGCUAAGCUAGAAGUUGUACUAUCUUUGCUAACCGCCUGCAUCAAGCACUCGGUGACUGAUGUAUGACAAGUGUUCUCAUUAACAAUCUUACUCUCAACAUUUUAUUUCUUGUAUUAAUAUCUCUUUAGAGUUUAGAUUCUAAAGGAUUGGCCCAGCGUGAUCUUGUGGGUAAGAUCUAAAGUGAAAAUUGGCCUGGAACUGUGGCUGAGUCCUUUGGACCAGGAGGAUCGGUUUGGAGUUGAAAACCAGUGGACUCAGCAUUCCCCUCUUCCUUUGGAAGACAGAGUGACUUGAUUGUGGUACUCUGGAGUUCAGUCAGGCUUUGGGAUCAAGAUGGGUUCCUAUCUUGUUAAUGCAACAUUCCAAUCCAAAAUAACAGAAGGGGCAGAUAUUAUUGUUGGAAUGCUUUACGCAGUGUUUGGAGUUUGCUCCUUGUGUGGAAACAGUAUUCUUCUGUAUGUUUCCUAUAAGAAAAAGAAUUUGCUAAAACCAGCAGAAUUCUUCAUAAUCAACCUUGCCAUCAGUGACCUUGGUAUGACUCUGACCUUGUACCCUCUAGCUGUUACAUCCAGCCUUUCUCACAGGUGGCUGUACGGUAAACAAGUUUGCUUGUUCUAUGCAUUUUGUGGUGUACUUUUUGGGAUCUGCAGUUUGACAACAUUAACAUUACUUAGCACUGUGUGCUGCCUCAAAAUUUGUUUCCCAGCUUAUGGAAACAGAUUUACACGACAACAUGGAUGGAUCUUGAUAGCCUGCGCUUGGGCCUAUGCAGCAAUUUUUGCCUGCUCACCUCUAGCUCACUGGGGAAAAUAUGGAGCAGAACCCUAUGGGACAGCAUGUUGCAUUGACUGGCAUUUCUCAAAUGCAAACACAGUGGCAAUGUCUUACACCGUGGCUCUCUUUGUCUUCUGCUUUAUCCUCCCCUGUGGGGUAAUUGUUACGUCCUAUACCCUCAUUCUGAUAACUGUCAAAGAAUCCAGAAAAGCAGUGGAACAGCAUGUCUCAGGUCCCACCAGGAUGAGCAACGUGCAGGCUAUUACAGUCAAGAUGAGCAUUGCUGUCUGCAUUGGAUUUUUUGCUGCCUGGAGCCCAUAUGCCAUCAUAGCCAUGUGGGCAACCUUUGGAUCCAUAGAAGAGAUUCCUCCACUAGCUUUUGCAGUGCCAGCUGUCUUUGCAAAGUCCUCCACACUCUACAACCCUAUAACCUGUCUUCUUCUGAAGCCCAAUUUCCGGAACACCCUUGCCAAAGAUUUUGGAGUUCUCCAGCAAUUGUGCAUCAGGACUUGUUUUUGCCUCAGGAUCCUGCAGAGCUGCAGUUACAGGUCAGUUCUGGAAAUCAGCCUGAAAUCAUUGAAAGGGAGAAAUGAGUCCAGCUGUAACUCAGUGCAGACUGUGGAAGGAUGUUCUUACUUCCCAUGUGAAAAGUGCAAUGAUGCUUUUGAAUGCUUUAAGAACUAUCCAAAAUGCUGCCAGGAGAGGGUAAGCACUAUGGAAUGCACUCAGGAAAGUGUGUCUCUGGAGAGUAACCUCCAAGCAACACAGAAGCAAGGUGCCAAGAAAUCCGUAAAGGUGGUUGUUCAAGGAGAAAAAAGGUCUCAAAAUGAUAACCUUGAAAUCACCUUGGAAACAAUGCCUACAUGCAGCAGAUUUGCAAACCUCUAGGGUUUGGUCUGGAGGAUUUCAGUUAAGAAACAGUAAUUUAAUGGUACCAGACUUCUGAAUGUAACCUUUUCUAAACAGCCCACCCACUGCUCGUUUUCUAUACACCUUUCCUGGUUUUCUCAAUUGCCCUUUGAUAGAAUACCUAAUGCAGCAUAAGUGUGUUUGACUUCCAAAACACAGACUUCAGUAACUAUCUUGUGGUAGCUGCGGCGAGGAGUCCUGUGGCACCUUAUAGACUGACUGAAGUGUUGGAGCAUAAGCUUUCGUGGGCAAAGACCAACUACAGUGGUAGCUGUAUUCAAACAGUGCUAUUGCAAUCAAUUUCCUUCCCACUUGGAGUUUUGGAGCUCUUGUUUACUUUGUUUUUGAGGAAACAGGCCCCUUGAUACUAUGGAGACAUUUCUGUAAGAUGUUAUUACUCUUUCUCAACAUUGUAUGUUUUAUAUUCUGUACAUUCAAGACAAAUAGCAGAUUGCAUAUAAGAAUUUUUUAAAUGACAACCUCAUGCUGUUUUAACUGUUUUAGAAGUUAAAAGACAGAUGGUGUAUCAAACUCCACUUCUCCAAAAAAAGCUGUGGAGAAUAAACUGCUUUCAACAAAAGAUAAUUUUGUUCCUGACCAUGAAGAGACAGAGGCAAUUUCUGCUCCAAUUUACAUUGAAAUAAAAUAAAGAAUACAUAUAAACAGAUAUAGUCCAUAUUUAACCUGGUUUAACUAUAAGAAGAAUUUGACUCAGAAAUGUCAAAACAUUCGUCCCAUGUUCCUAAUAAGGGCCCUGAAAUAAUUGGGGUGAAGAAAAGGAAUUGAGAGGCUACAAAGAGCAAGAAUUUGGAUAACUUGGUAAGCUGGGCUCCAACAAACAAUGAGUUUUAAUACAGUGAAAUGGAAGUGUGCUUUUCUAGGAACAAAGAAUGCAGGCCAUACUUAUGGAUGGAGAAACAUCCUGGGAAGCAGUGACUGAGGAAAAAAUUGUGGGGGUUAUGGUGGCUAAUCAGUUGAACAUGAACUCCCGGGACAUAGCCGUUGCCAAAAAGGUCCUUGAAUGCAUAAACAGACAAAUGUUGAGCUGCAGUAGGAGGUUAUUUGACUUCUGUCUUUGGCACUAGCAUGACCAUAGAAUAUCAUGUCUACAAUUCAAGAAAGAUGUUCAUAAAUUGGGGAGGUUUCAGAGAAGAGCCAUGAGAAUGAUU